UAAAUAAAAAUAGUCAAUACAUUUUCUGAACUCGUAACGGUGGGGAAGGCGUUGUCGAAAUUGCGUUUUGUCAUUGAAGUCCUGUUUGUCUGUCCAAGCUUCCGUACUUUUCGUAAAGAAGGGCUAUUUUGGCCGCAAAAGGAUCGAAAGGGAAGAAAAUGUGCAUACAGCAACUAACACUUAACCGGCGUCGUGGUAUACUUUGAAACAGUUAAGACUAUGACUGAAAGCGUAUACAGCUAUUCUAAAAUAGUUGUCAACGUGCUAUAAAUUCAGUGGUCUCGUGUCGCUGAACACGACAGACAUGCUGCGAUGGAUUCUCGGCGGCCGAGAAGCGCCAGGCGCAGUGGAGAAAAGCCCAGUGAUGGUCAUUGGAGAGGAGCAGCCCAAAAAUGUUUUCACCGAGUUGCAGGUGCUCAAGGGCCACUAUGACAUCGUCCGCUUUCUGGUGCAGAUCGAUGACCUGAGGUUUGCAUCUGGUGGAGAUGAUGGGCUGGUACUGGUUUGGAAUAUCCAGACAGGGGAGUGUCUUCAGGAGCUCAGAGGCCACACCCAGCAGAUCACUGCUGUGGCAGUGUACAGCGGCCCUACUGACGGCACCCACGUCCACCUCCUCACAGCAUCCUCGGAUCGGGCGCUCAGCAUGUGGGACCCUGAUACUGGAAAUCGGGUAAAAACGGUCUCCGAUUUGCUGUCUUCUGCAAAGUGCCUGUUAGUACUACAUCACCUCGAUUUGUGGAUCUCUGGGGGGAACGAGAUGUGCAUGUGGGACAGGAACUUCAGCCUUCUUUGGAGGACAGAUCACCAUAGCGAUGCAGGAAUAUCUGCUAUGAUUGAGUUGCCGAAGAACUGCAUAGCUGCUGCUGUAGACAAAGAAAUAGUAAUUUACAGAUUGAACAUCGCAUCAUCUGAAGAGGACACUACUGUGUCUGAAAUCUGCAGACUGACAGAUCACCAGGACAGCAUACGUGCUCUCAUCAGUGUUAGUGAUCAACUGUUUGUCAGUGGCUCUCACGUCGGAGAACUGAUAGUGUGGGACUCCCUGAACUGGAGCGUCCAAGCCUCUGAGCGGAUCCUGUGGGGUGAGCCACGUCCAGCUCCUCAAGCAGAAAUCAAGCUGGGGGCCCAGAAGCAGAGCGAGAUGUCCGUCCGGCACCUAGCCUCUGAUGGGGAGCUCAUUGUUGCUGCUGUCGGAAGUGGCCUGUAUGUCUACAACGUGAUGAGGAAGAGCGUGGUCGCCUACAGAAAAACAGCGCAUGACUCCAAUGUUCUGCAUACUUUACUCCUACCAGACGGCCAGCUCAUGUCCUGCUCUGAGGACGGUAGUGUAAGGAUGUGGGAACUCCAGGACCUGCCUCUACCAGCAGAACCAGCCAGUGCAGGUUUCUUUGGCAUGUGGACUUUUGGGCGCUCCAGCAAACAGACCAACCAGACCAUGAAAAAGGCCCAGGAGAUCCUGGGCCUUCGGAUGCUGGAGUUGACAGGUGAUCUCAUCGGUCACUCUGGGGCCGUACAGAUGUUCAUCAGCAUGGGAGAGCGGGGGCUGGUGACAUGCUCCACAGACCACCUGGUCAUUGCAUGGAAGAACGGGAAGAGGGAGUCACAGCUGCGGAGUUUUGAUCUGUUCUGCAAGCUGGAGCAGAAUGGAGGCCUGUGAGCUCCAGCUGUGGGCCUUGUCACACCCAGAGGUACUGAUCUCAUCCACAGCGUUACUUUUUAGCCUUAUUUAUCAUUAAACCAUAUUAUAAUUUUACUGUCCAUCAUUCUUUUGCAAUGUAGUACCUACACAGAAGUGCUUGAGUGUUGAUUGCAUAUUUUCUUGUUUUAUAAUAUGCCUGUUUGAUAACUGAAAGAACACAACUCAUAAAAAGUACCAAACUCAUAUGUUUCCAGAGUGCUCAAAUGGCAGUUAAUUUGAAAUUUUAUUGCACUAUUACAGAUGUUUCUGUCAGCGGUAAAAAGCACAUUUUAAUACAUGAAUGUGUGCUUAUUGUUACAAAUGCCAGUUACAACUUGUUCCUAAUGUGCUGCUGCAAAAUAAAUGAAUUCUUUGGAGAUUGCACUGUUGCUUGAUAACCACAGUACUACAAAUUUUGUUUUGUGUUGCGCAAAUUUAAAAGAAAUUUUAAUCCAAAAAUUACACAUCUGAUCAAAACAAUGUCUCAAACAGUCACACAAUCAGGUUGGCUGAAUAUGUGAUGAUGCAGAACCAACAUAUGUAUACACUUUAUUUAACAACCGACAAUGUUACAAUAAAAUUAUUGAAAAAGACAGACAAGUUUGAAUUGCAUGUUGCCAUAAUUCUGUCAAUGAUAAACUUUUCUCUUUUUUUUAAAAAAUAGAGCAUAUAUAUACAGUUCUGCAUGGGAAUUUUUCAGUUGUACAGCUAGUAAACUAUACAAAAACAUAAAAUCAAAGUUGGCACAAUGUCUUUAUGCCACAGUGUGCCAUGGUAGAACUAUCUUUAACCCCCCCAACAGCCAUCUGCAAAAAGACCAUGCAGAUGUCACACUUGCUUCCGAUUUCUCCUCAGAAGAAGAUAAAAUGAGUUAGAAGGGAGUUUUAACUUAAAACUCUUAAAUGCACCAUCAUUCCUAGUUAUACAGUGGAGCACUGAUUCAUCAUUACUUUCAUCAUUGAAGUCAAUUAAGGAAGCAUCCAGAGCCGUACUGAAUAUGUCUUACAACUUGUACAUCUCUUCCGUGCGUAAUUUAAACUAAUUUAAAACUUCCACAGUUCCAUGGUGGCUGAAUCCCCAGGAAGUCAGCUUUUCCCACUCAGAGUGACUGAUAAGAUAGGUGCUUUGGCUCUUGAAGAACUGAAAAAUGACAGGGACUGGAAGCUGGUAUGAGUGAGACUGGGAUGGCUACGUUUACAAAAUGAGCAUUGGGGGAGGGACAAAGUCAGCAUUUCUGCUCACAGCUCUCCUGGCAUGUGAGAGACUUGCGCACUUCUCUUGAGCACUACGAGAACUCUGGCCGAGUGUUUUUGCCCUGGGCUGAUGGAGUGCUGUCAAAGAACAGACCACAUAUCAGCAGACAGACCGGAGGGAGGCAGAAUAGUACCAGAAAUGACACUUAAACUAAUUAACAAUAUCAUUAUUAUUCAAUAGUUUCUUGCACUUUGAAAGUCAGAAACUCUGAUUUGUUGUGUACCAUUAUAAAACAUUCAUGGUUCCAUGUUUACCAUGGUUGACUGUACAUACUCUGUGAUUGCCCUAGGCAGUGCUCCUAGGAAGAAUGUGGCAAAAGUCCUAAAAAAUCAGACAUCUGAACACAGUAAAGUGAUAACCCGAAAGUAGUUCAUAGAUCACAGUUCUAUUUUGUAGGAUAACCCUUGAAAAUAAAAUGACAACAAAGCCUGUGUAAAAUAUAGGCUUUUCCAGAAAUUAAGGCAUUUAUUUAGCCACUGUUCUGACUUACAUUACCGGACUAUUGAAAUGAAUACCAAGUCAUUCUUAAAAUGCCUAUGCAUACGGUAUAUGGA